UCGAUAUAAAAAUUGCAGUAACAAUAGUUUUCUCGUACGGGUAAAGAAAAAUUACCAGGAGCAUGACAGUUCCCAAAUUAUUUGUUUAGCUCCUGUGGACGGAAGUUGAAUGUAGAUUUUUGUUGUGUAUAUCCAGUGCAAAAUUAUUAAAAAUUUAUUCCAGGUCGACCGAAUCACAGGUCCCAAAAUGGACACCGUCGAAAUAGAGGAUUUCGACUACGGGGAACUGAAGAACGAUACCGCGUUUAUCAACAAAAAUGAAAACCUUUCCCAGUGCAUCGAACAGAUCCGACAGAAUCUGGUCGCGGCACGGGAGGACUACAAAAACUACGAAAGUUUUACCCUGGAGGAAAAGGUCAAGUACGAUCUGCACCUGUCGUACAGCAUCAACUCGCUAUACUGGAUGUACCACAAGAUCAUUGGUCUGGAUCCGAACAAGCAUGGAAUCAAGGACGAGCUGGCCCGGAUUAAAGCAGCCAUGGUACGCGAAAAGGAAAUCUACGACCACAAGUACAAUCGUCCGCUUCUGGACCAGGAUGCCGCCAAACGGUUCGUUCGAGCCGGGCUUUAUGAUCACAAGAACCGUGACAAACCAGAGGUCAACGAUCCACCACCGAAUAAAAAGAUACGCUUCGAAGAUUAGGGCGCUGCAUCAGCGCGAUGAUUUUCCUUCAAUAAAAUAACUCUUCAAAUACCAAGUUAAA